AUCAGCACUAAAAGUGUAACGAUGCAAAAUGGUGAUAUAAAUAAUAAAAACAUUGCAUUUAAAUCUUGUGGAGUUUGGAUAUUAGUUAUAUUGAUAAAUUCCAAUAAGAACAUUAGACAGUAAUUAAAUCUACGUACCCGAAAGUAAUUAAAACAAAUCAGUGGCCAAAAUGUCAACAAGAUCUCAACUUACGAAAGACUUGAAUGACAGCAUUAAAGUAUUACUCGGACGACAUACAAAAAUUUUGGUUAAAUAUAUGGUAAAACUGGAAACUAAAAAUGAUAAAACAGAAAACAGAGUUUUGGUUUUUACCCCAGUUCGGAUGUAUCUACUAACAGCGAAAGUACCUACAAGGAUUGAUUGCCACUUUCAUUAUCUUGAUAUACAAUUCAUAGAAAGCAAAAAACCAACGCAUUUCUCAAUAACAACGAAUGAAAAACAUUUCAGUUUUUGUACCAUCGGGGAUGCAGGCAGCUUCAGUUCGAACGCGGAUGUUAUUCUAACAGAUCUUUCUUCUGCUGUGAAGCAAAUUUUCCCAACAGUGCCGUUAAAGUAUAUUAUACGCAAGAUUGAAGUAAAUCCUAUUGAAAGGGGCACUAUAUUUUCUGAUGAAAUACGACCGUCCGAUCCACGAAAUGUCGGACCAUGUGGAGGAUUCAGCAUGCAGUAUGCGUGUAUGUGCGAUUUUCAUGCAGUGCAAUACAGGGAAGAGGUCGCUUGGGACAUCGAUACUAUUUAUCUUUCGCAUGACAAUCGUAUACUUAACCUAAGAGAUUUUGAUCAUCUGGAACAAAAGGAUUUGACAGCUAUCGUUUCGGCAUUGGAGUAUAAUACAUUCUUUAGGGGUUUAAAAAUAACAAAUACGCGACUUUCAAUGGAAACGAUUGAAAGGAUAUUACACGUUUUGAAGCGGUCUAUGUGGCUAGAGGAACUUCAUCUUGAGGCGCUUGGAUUACGGUCGGAUUUUAUUCACAAGCUGUCAAUAUCGGUCAUAUCCAACUCAAACCCUGCGCUGCGAUCAAUUGAUUUAAGUCACAACCUGAUAGAGGACAAAGGUGCUGGACAUUUUUCGGGCCCUAUCGCAAAGAUCACCAAAGGUGUUUCCAAGCUGUCACUUUCACACUGUGGUCUAACUUCCAAAGGUGUCAAUCAGAUUGCCCAAUCCCUUCUACAGAAUCAAAAUGUUUCCAAUGCAUUAGUUUACCUUGAUCUUAGCGGCAAUAAUCUAAAAGAUGAUGUCAACAAUUUGUACAAUUUUCUGGCUCAACCGAAUGUUAUUGAAUAUUUAGACAUUUCCAAGACGGAUACAACUCUGGAAAGUCUUUUUGGCGCUUUACUACGUGGAUGCUCAACUCAUCUUUUACAUUUGAAUGUGGCGCAUAACUCGUUCAGCACGAAAAAAGGGAAAGAAAUCCCUCCAUCAUUCAAACAGUUUUUUACUAGCAGCUUAAGUAUGAAACAUCUUAACAUUUCUAACUGCAAAUUACCAUUAGAGGCUUUGAAACAUCUACUGCUGGGUCUAGCUUGCAACGAAUCAACCGCUGGCCUACAUUUAGAUCUCAGUAGUAAUUCACUGAGUUCUCAAGGCGCUCACGUUUUAGAAUCAUGCAUUCACGGAGUACGGGUUCUUUCUAGUUUAGACAUAAGUGACAAUAAUCUCGAUUUCGAGAUGGCUUCCGUUCUCACUGCCAUAGGAAAGAAUCCAUCAAUAAAGGUGCUAUAUAUAAAUAAAUGUUUCAACGGAAUGAAGGUUAAGCAUAUUUCAACUGUAAUGGAAGCCCUAGUGAACUUAAUCCAGAAGGAUGAUUUCCAGCUGCAGGAGCUAGUUUUAUCAGAGAACAAACUGAAAAAUGAUUUACAUAAUUUUAUUAAUGCACUCGGAAGCAAUCAGAGCCUACAGAUUUUAGAUAUUACUGGAAACCUGAUGGGUGAUAUCGGUGCUCGGCUUCUAGCGAAAGCGCUACAGAUUAAUAAUAGGCUGAAGACAAUUUGUAUGGAUCGCAACAACAUCACAUUACAAGGAUAUGCUGACAUAGUAUAUGCUCUGGAGCAUAACUUUUCAAUGAGAAACAUUCCAUUUCCAGUAUUCGAUGUUGCGCCAUGCUUGAAACAGCAUCCAGAACGUACGGAUACACUGAUGCGGAAAAUGCAAGACAUGCUUUCACGAAAUGGCAACGGGUCAAGGCGAGCCAACUGUCAAGGAUUCAGAUUGCAACACGGGUUUCUCCUAUCGUCCACGCAUCAAAUUUUAGAUAAGCUAGUAACGGAAACACAAGAAACAAUGUCAUUACGUCAAGGAUGCGAAAAUAACUUGUCGCGUCUACUGGAAGACGCAGAAAAUUGUAAGCAGCUACUUCCAAAGUUGCAAGAUGCUAUCCGAUGUGAUCCCCAUCAUAUAGAAGUGCGCUUUAGUAAACUAAAAGUCGAACUUCAUUCAACUAUAAAGCACUACCUUAAUGAAACAAUGGAAACCAUGCUACGUACGGGUGUUGAACAAUGUCCAAAAACACUUGGUAAUCAAGUGGUGCUAACAGAACUUCGAAAAGGCUGUGAGGAAAAAAUGAUUAUUUCAGAGGAGUUCUUGCAGAAUUGUUUAAUUAAUAGUGCUGGUAGUGAAAUUAUGAAUCGGAUCAGUGAACUAGAGCAAUCAAUGGCCAGUCUUAUCUCUGAUCGUGCUACCGACGAAGUAUUAGAAGCAUUGACACGCCACAAAAAAGGAUUGGGCUUAUGCGAUUCCCCUCACAGCUUAAUGGACGAUACCCAGACUCCAGAUGCAACUCGAAGUCAAUCUAGUCAAGAAUCGGAUAUUGUAUGUCAAUUUGAAAUGCGUGGUUUAGAUUUGCCCAAGUUAGGAUUGGAUUCUCCAACCAAGCUGGAAUAUUUAAAUCUCGCAACACCACAACUGCAAACUAAGCGUCGAUCCAUUGCACGAAAAGUACGACCUCAAUCAGUCGUAGGACUUGGUAUCGAGAAUCUAAGUCUAACGCAUAUACCGGAUAUGGUAGAAACUCCAUCACCCGAGCACCAUUCUAGCGCAAGUAAACUAGAGUCUACCAAUGAACAAAAGGAUGAGGAAUGCUGUGAUUCUAUAUCUGAAUUACCUAGUCAAUCAAUUACAUUACAACAUUUAGUGAAAAGUCGACCAAAGCGAACUAAAACUCGAGCUUCGAAAAAGACAACUCCACAUGUUAUAGAUUCAUCCACAGAUGUUAAUGAAGGCAUAGAGGCCUUUUUCAGGCCUGCUUCCACAACACCGUCUACCCUUACCCCCCUAGUCUCCCCAACAUCAGAGGAUUGCAGCUUAUUGUCAUUUGUUGAUAGCCCCACUUUAAGUCGUGAUGAUGGUGGUCGAUUCAGUAAUGUAACAUCAGAGGAAACAACACCAAUCCUUGAGGAGCGUAGAAUUAUCAAGUUAGAGAGGUCUUCUCCUGUAAUGAAAAAUGGGUCUGCACGAUCUCGUUCAUCGGAUAAUUUAGGAAAGGUCUCACCAUCUAUCAAUAAUAAAUCACCACUAUACAAACACAGUUUAGAAACUGAGAAAAAACUACUCGCAUUGGGUCCUACUAUAGAUGAUAUUGAAUUUUGCAAUAGCAAGGACAAAUCUCCUAGUAGUGAAUCCAUAAAAAGUCAACAUUCCGAGCUUCAAAGAGCGGGAAAUAAUAUAAUGAAAACUCCAGUUUCUGCACAAAAGCCUCGUCCGUGGUCUGUUCUUGGGCAUGAGUCUAAAAAUGAUUUCGUCGCAAAUGAUUCAUCUGCUAUACUCUCCGACGAAAUUGAUGAUCAGAUUGAUCUUGUUUUGGUAUCUGGACAGACCCCUGGUGGGUCUAUCGUUGGCAUAACACCAGGAGCAAUUGGAGGAGGAAGUAUCGUAGGAAUCACCCCAGGUGCAGUAAUGGAAAAAAGAUCGGUUAGAGACAUGGCAGCCAAUUUGAAUAAACUUGGAAUUACAGAUAUGUUUCUUAACAAACCCCCAAUUCCUGCUCCGCGAAUGAUUGGUAAAUACAAUUCACGAAGUAAUCCGGCACAUGAUCAUUCCACUCAAAAGGAACGCUUCAACCAAACUGAGUGUAGGGACCAACGAUAAUAUUAAGAAUGUUCAAACAAAUGAAUUUAUAUUUUUGGUUAAAAUGUUUUAGCAGUAUUAUAAAACUAACGCUUUAGCGAUGUCUAACCAAAGCUAGCCGAUAUGGUAAUUUUAAUGUUAAGUUUUACAUUUUAUUAAAGCAUUCUACG